AUGAUCUUGGACGGGCAGAAAUCGACCGACUGUUGGUCUUGGGUUGAGAAGAAGCAGAUGGAAAUUGUAGGUGUAUCUGGGUACCUAAACCAUAGUUGUAAAGGUUUUGUCGCAAAAAACAUGAGGUGGCUUUUGUGUUUGAUAUCUAGAUCAAACAUGACCAAGUUUAUCUCGUUCUCCCCCAUCUUCACCCUAUGCCAGGGGUUGUACAGCCGACCUCCCGAGUUCUUUGCCGACUGGGCAGCUACAUUCAGAAUUGGCAUGUUGCGAUUCACCUCAACCAACUUCCACUCGUUUGUAGACCUAUCCAAGACUUCGAGAAAGGGCUCGUCAUAGAAAGUGAGAGUGAGGAAACCGUCAUCGGUGUGGCCGUCCAUUAGAGGUGUCCCGGCACGUGCCUUUGAGAUGCCCAAUGUUAGAUGACUUUGGCCGGGUCUGGUGGCUUCCUGCAAACUGGCCGGGAAUCGUUCAUCCAUCGAGCUUGCCAACGUCAUGCCAAUCUCGCGGAGUAUCUUGUCGAUGAACGAAGAGACAUUUUCGACCUUGUCUGCCACCAGCUGAAGUGCUUCGGGAAGUUGAGACCGGUCCCCUGCCAUUUGCUCCUUGCGACCAAGGUGAAUCUUUUCGACACCAAUGGGGGAAGUGUAAAAUCUGAGAAAAGGGCCUGGAUUAGCGAUGAGUAGAAAAGAAGAAUUUCGGCCUGUACCCACCCGUUGUAUCGAAUACCCGUGUGAUAUUUGGACUUCUCCUCCUGCGGCUGUUCAAAAAAGGCUCGUUGAUGCUGUAUCACGGUUUGCAGGUCUUUCAGGAAUUGCUCUGCCGUGGAUCCCUGGAGGUCCAAGAACAGCAUUCCCUGGUCAGACAAGGCCUGGGCUAGCUUCCUCACCUCGGCGUUGUCGUUGCGCCUGAGCUGCUCGUAUCUAACAACCUCAAGCUCGAGGGUCUUGGUUGAGGUAGUGGGUGUAUCAAUGGC